AUCACAGGUCCUUUAUCCACUGUGGUCUGGAAUCUCCUGGAGAGUCAGUGCUCCUCCUCUGCCUUUACAUCCACAAGAUAACUGUCCAUUUCUUGAAGGAGGAUGGACAGGGAUAAGAAAACUGAGCGGAUAUUAAACCUGACCCUGGAGAUCAUAUACUUGCUGACUGGAGAGGGCUACACACUAGUGAAGAAAUCUGAUAAGAGUAUGACUUCAGUCUCCAAUCCAAACAUGUCAGUGUAUUGGAGUGAGAGCCAAAGCCACGUCCUAUUGCCUCCACCUCCAUCACUGAAACACGAGAGAAGCAAAGAGCAGAAAAUCCAGGAGAUCAUCAAUAAGGUCAUUGAGCUGCUGACCGGAGAGGUCGCGGUAAGGUGUCAGGAUGUCACUGUCCAUCUCUCCAUGGAGGAGUGGGAGUAUUUAGAAGGACACAAGGAUCAGUACAAGGACAUCCUGAUGGAGGACCACCGGCCUCUCACACCACAGGAUGUCAUCCUAAGCCAAGAAUGCAACAAUCUCAUCCCAUCUUCCCCUUGUAAAGAAGAAUGUGAUAUCAUAGAAAUUUGUUAUGAUCCCUUCUCUGCCCCAAAUUCACCUUCAGUAAUCCACAACAGAGACCUCUCUUCUGAUCCCACCACUCUAGAAGAACCUUCAGCUGACCAGUCCCAGUUUCCAUGGUCUGAAGCUGAAAAUGAUUUUACAAUGAAGUCUCAUUUAUCUAUACAGAAGACAAGCCACAAAAACGAGCGAAAAUAUACAUGUUCAGUAUGCGGGAAGUGUUUCACAAAUAAACCAAACUUUGUGGAACAUCAGAGAAUACACACGGGGGAGCGGCCAUAUUCAUGUCCCGAAUGUGGGAAAUGUUUUACCUGGAGAUCAAAUCUGGGGGAACAUCAGAAGGUCCACACAGGGGUGAAGCCAUAUUCUUGUCUGGAUUGUGGAAAAUGUUUUGCCUCGAAAUCACAUCUCGUGGAACAUCAAAGAAUCCACACUGGGGAGAGGCCGUAUUCGUGUACAGAAUGCGGGAAAAGUUUUGCAAUUCGAUCCAAUCUUGUGGAGCACCAGAAAACUCACCGAGGAGAGAGGCCAUUUUCCUGCUUGCAAUGUGGAAAAUGUUUUGCCCGGAAACCAGAUUUGGUUAGACAUCAGAAAACUCACACCGGGGAGAAGCCAUUUGCAUGUUUGGAAUGUGGAAAAUGUUUUUCAAUUAAAUCCAAUCUUGUGGAACAUCAAAAAGUUCACACGGGGGAGCGUCCGUAUUCAUGUGCAGAAUGUGGGAGAAGCUUUUCCAAGAAAUCAAACUUAAUUGAACAUCAAAAACUUUACGCCGGCAGAAACCAUUUUAAUACUUUUACUUUAUGAAAAGUUGUGCCUUGGGGCCGGAGCAACUACAGAAAUAGAUGCUGUAGAACCUGCCACCUCAAAACCGUAGAGAAUAACACAGACCAAACUGGCAGAUUUUGGGUGGGAUUGGCCAACAGUCCAAUAGAUAGUAUGGUGGCAGCUUGCCAAUUCCCUGAUGGCAGACAUGGAGGGUGAUGAUCAGACGUGGUGGAUUUCAACAUUUCCAGUCCUUUGUCCUCUCGGAAGAUAUGUUGCUACCAGAAGUGUCUGGGAGCAGUUAUUAUCCUCUCCAAGUGGACAGUGACAGAGAAAGCUGUUGGCCAAGGUGGUGUCUGUGUCAAGUAACCCCACAAUCACUAGAUCAGUGGUUCCCAACAAUACUUUUCCUGGAGAACUACCAAUGCCAUUCAGACGCUUUUUGUCGAGAUGAGUAUAGCAUUCUAUAAUUUGGGUCACAUAUUUUUCAGCAGUAUGAAAUCAGUUGGCUUUCCCUAUUGUAAUAGUCACAGGUAUCAUUGUUGCUAUCUUCUGGAGAACCCCUGGUCGAUCAGGGUUCAGGAUACCCAGGGAAACAUCACAUUAGAACAAAGUGGCCCCUUCGCCUGCUAAUCCGAGAUCUUCUGAUGUGAAUGCAAUACUAUUGGAGUGAAUGGGAGAUUCCAACUACAGACAAAGAUCCCAGAGACAGAAGGUAUAUACCCAUCAGCAUCUUCUGACAUGUCUUAUCAACUUUUUGGAAGAUGUUAGGGGCCCAGGGCAAGAGGGGGCCCCGUUGGGAUCAUCUCCUCUUCUAAAGGGGGGGUUAAAACUUGGUGAGGACUCUACCCUCUAAAUGAACAACUUUUAGCACGCUAGGCAGUGGAAAAACGGCCCAAGGGUCAUUGAAAAGGGUUUAGGUGGAAACCCUUCUGUCCUGUGUGGGGGCCUGGUUAGAUCAUUACUCUGGGGCCCUUACCUGUCUACGCCUUUGGCAAAGGGGCCCGUAUUUGGUGGGACAGACUGUACUUUUUUUAUUUUACUUAAGUUCAUCUGCGUUUUUGCACUUAAAUGGUUUCUAAGUUAACUAGUCUUGUAAUAAAUUUACUAUGCUGCACAGUG